UAUAAGUAUAAGUAAAUGAUUACUUCAAGCAUUACACACUUGGUUAAUGUGAUGCAGGAGGAUUUUGAGGAGCAUGCUGCGAAAGUCAAGACUCUAAAAGAGAGUCCAUCAAAUGAAAACUUGCUUAUCCUUUAUGGAUUGUACAAGCAAGCCACUCUUGGACCUGUUACCACCGCUCGUCCUGGGAUUUUCAGCCAGAAAGACAGAGCUAAAUGGGAUGCAUGGAAGGCUGUUGAAGGAAAAUCCAAGGAUGAAGCAAUGAGUGAUUACAUCACUAAGGUGAAACAGCUGCUCGAAGAAGCUGGUCUUUCUGCUUAACAACAUUGUCAUGUCUAGCUUUCUAGUUCUAUGCUAAAAGUUUCUAUGUAUUUUGAAAAUAAAACAGUUGCAGUGUUUGAUGUUUGAUCUAAAACUUUUAAUAUAUAGUCUUAAUUGUUCUGUAUUGAA